GAAGAGAUGUCAUCAAAGACAACUGAAAAUUGUAUCGGGCAAGAAUCUGAUAGACGUGUCAACGAAGAAGAUUACCAGCAACAAUCUUGUGAAGCAUCUGAAAAUGAAGUUGUCGAAAGCGCUGAUCGAGUUGAUGAAAGCCGAGAUGAGGAAGGUGAACGGCAAGGAGUAAUGAAUGAAUGCAGUGUGGAAGAGGACAAUGUUAAUGAAAGGAGCGAAACUGAAGAAAACAGUGGUGAUGAAGGGAACAACAGUGAAGGAGACAGUGGUAAUGAAGGGAACAACAGUGAAGGAGACAGCGGUGAUGAAGCGAACAAAACUGAAGAAGACAGCGGUGAUGGAUCGUGCGAAACUGAGGACGAUGUUGAAGAAGGGAGCCAUGCUGAAGAAGGUAAUAUUGAUGGAGCCACAAAAAUUGAAGAAGACAAUAUUAAUGAAGCGAGCAACAUCAAAGAAAGCAAUGUUGAUAAAGGGAGCAACAAUGACUCGUCACUGGAAAUUGAUAAUGAUAAGGACAAGAGAGAGGAGCAAAACGCUAUCGGA